UUAUACAGAUUCGUGUGAUAUCAAUAGGGAAGACUUGAUUGCCAAAGAAAGAAAAAUUCAGCAAAAUGUAUAAUAAAAAUUUUUAUGGAUUUUUAAUAAUUAUUUUAUUUAAUAUUUAUUUGGGACAUUGUAAUGUUAAUAUCAUAAAUGCUAUAGAAGGAGAAAUGAUAGAAUUUCAAUGUACCUUCAAUAUAUCCAAUUAUGAUGAUAAUGAUUUUCAAAUCUUCUGGAUAUUUCCUGAUGAUUCUGAUAUUGAAGCAUAUUAUGAUGAAAAAAUUAAUAAUAAUAAAAUAUCAUCAUAUUUUACAAUUAAUAAUGUAACCAAAAUAAGACAUGAAGGAAUAUACGGCUGUAUUUUAAGUAAUAGUACAAGUUAUUUAAAUGAAAUACAAUACAAAUUGACAUUAAGGAAUGAUACAAGCAAUAUUAAUUUAUCUGAUACUAUUCAAUUACAAACUGAUUAUAAAAAUAAUAAUUAUUUAUUAAUUAUUGGAUUAUUAGUGGGAGCUGCCAUCAUAUUAUCGAUCAUAAUUAUUACAUUAGUUUUUUUGGUUCUCAAAAAACAAAAAUCAUUGGCCGAAUGUAAUAAUGAAAGUUUUUUGAAAAUAUAGGCAUCAAAAAAACGUAAUACUCGAAUUUAUCCUUCCAGCUGAUAUUUAUAAAAAUGUAAAAUGUAA